UCACUCCAGUCCCCUUCCUCAAUGCCAGCUAUGAAUUCCUGCAACUUCACACAUGCCACAUUUGUGCUUAUUGGUAUCCCAGGACUGGAAGAAGCCCAUUUCUGGAUCGGCUUCCCCCUGCUUUCAAUGUACGCCGUGGCAGUGUUUGGAAACUGCAUUGUCGUCUUCAUCAUAAGGACAGAGAGGAGCUUACACGCCCCAAUGUAUCUCUUUCUCUGCAUGCUGGCAGCCAUUGACCUGGCCCUGUCCACAUCCACAAUGCCCAAGAUCCUCGCCCUCUUCUGGUUUAACUCCCGGGAGAUUACCUUUGAAGCCUGCCUAGUCCAGAUGUUUUUUAUCCAUGCUCUCUCAGCUAUAGAGUCCACCAUCCUGCUGGCCAUGGCCUUUGACCGUUACAUAGCUAUCUGCCACCCGCUGCGCCAUGCUGCAGUACUCAACAAUACAGUAACAGCCCAGAUUGGCGUGGUGGCUGUGGUCCGAGGAUCGCUCUUCUUUUUCCCAUUGCCUCUGCUCAUCAAGCGCCUGACCUUCUGCCACUCCAAUGUGCUCUCACACUCCUACUGCGUGCACCAGGACAUGAUGAAGCUGGCCUACACUGACACUUUGCCAAAUGUGGUCUACGGCCUUACUGCCAUUUUACUGGUCAUGGGCGUGGAUGUCAUGUUCAUCUCCUUGUCCUAUUUCCUGAUUAUACGAACGGUUUUACAGCUGCCUUCCAAGUCAGAGAGGGCCAAGGCCUUUGGAACGUGUGUGUCACACAUAGUUGUGGUGCUGGCCUUCUACGUGCCUCUUAUCGGCCUUUCCGUGGUGCACCGCUUUGGAAACAGUCUGCAUCCCAUUGUGCAUGUUCUCAUGGGAGACGUCUACUUGCUGCUGCCUCCUGUGAUCAAUCCUAUCAUCUAUGGUGCCAAGACCAAACAGAUCAGAACACGAGUGCUUGCCAUGUUCAAGAUCAGCUCUGACAAGAACCUGCGGACUGUGGGAGACAGGUGACCCUGCUCAGUUCAC